GGAAAAGAAAGCGAGAAAAUCUUGAAAAAAUUUAUAUGCCCUUAUAAAAGGAGUUCAACCCCUGGAUGAGUUGAAGUAUGAGGGCAUUUGUAGUUUUACUUUUGGCUGGAUAUGUCAUACUCUGUCACGCAGGUUCAAUUAAGAGAAAUAAAAGAGGAUAUCUGUCCCGUACCGGUUUGUGCGCAAAACCGGAGAAUAACUUCAAGAUAAAGGAUCCUCGCUUGAAUUUUUGGGGAGUCGCUUAUGUGCUGCCAGAUGACGCCAAUCCAAAAUGUACCGAUUCCGAGUGUUCAGAAGACAGUCACUGUGAUGCAGACCGCAAGUGCUGUAGGAACUAUUGCGGUGGCAUGGUCUGCACCCCCACAAUGAGAGAUCCUGACCCAUGCAAGAAAUUCCAGUGUCCAGUUGGCCAAACGUGCAAGGUUCAGUAUGUUCCAUGUGUAAUGCCCAAAUGUAAGGAUGCCAUUGCUGUCAAUAGACCAACAUGUAUCAAGGAUCCGUCGGCUGCCGCUCCUGCAGCACCUCCACCUGCCCCUCCCUCGAUGCCAGCGAAUCCUGUGCAGCCAAGUUAUGCACCUCCCAUGUUCCAGCAACCAUCGCCAUACCAACAGCAACCACAGGCACCUUUCUAUCCACAGCCAAUGGCACCGUUUCCACCUGCCGUGCCACCAAUGGCUGCAUUUCAAAAUGACGAGCUCGGCAGUGAAGCCGCCCCACAGACAAAUUUUGGCGGAACUCAACCAAGCGCGGAAACAGGAUUGAAUGACGCCUCUCUUGUAAAUGCUUUUCAAAACGAGAAUCAGCCUCUGGCUUUUCAAAAUGAUAACCCUCCUCCCACCGAUCAGAAUGACUUUCUACAACCUCCUCCGACAGAAGAACAGCAGCAACCUUUGGCUGAUGUACCCGAGAGCGUGAAUCCUCCCCAGGCUACGCCCAUGAUUUCACCACAACCCGGCUGGGGCCGAAGCAAGACUCUUCAAUAAAUAAGUUGCUUUGGAACAUCUGAUGUGAGAACAUCUGACUAAUUACUUUCCCUUAAUUGUAAAUGAAAGCUCGCGCUGUUAUCAGAUAUAACGGUUCUCAGAAGCGAAGUGUUUUGUACCGCCAGAAAUCAGGUUUGAACUCAUUAACAAAAUAGGCACACAUAACCAUUUUUUCUACCUCCCACAAAGAAUAAAUAAAAUAACGAAUGGCUCAUCAUAUGAGGGAAAGCCUGAAGAUAACUAAGCAAAGAGGACUCGCCUCGCCGGCGACUAAUGCAUAUUAUAACGAAUCUUCCUGUCACUGACGAUUCCUCAUGUACAUACCCCUCUGGCUAAUUGGUUAGAAUAGGAGUAUAGUGUAGCAAAGUAAUUGUGGCCAAGACAAUGUAGUGGUAACUGCAGAAAAAGGAAUAAACAAGAAUCAUUUGCAA